AUGGGUCAUCGAAUUAGCCAAAUGGUAUUGGUGCCUCAACGUUCUAGUACUGGUAACGUAAAGCAUACCAAUGGCAGUAACGCGACUAAAGCGAAAAUGAUAAAUAUAGCUAAAUUGGAGAAAAAAAAGUCAAUCGGUCAUGAACUUCUAUCUCUUCGAGCAAUUGGUCACCGGCAUUUUAGUACGGGAAAUCUUGAAGAAGCGAAACAUAGCUAUAGAAAAGCUUUAGAUACUGUAAAAACCAUACCAAACGACGCAUUGUUCCAUGAUCAAAUUCAAUGUGAUAUCUAUCUAGAUAUGUUUUCUACAUGCUAUAAAUCACAUCAGUAUGAACAGGCACUCGAUUACUGCUGUAAAGCAGUAGGGCUUGCCACUAAAUCCCAGGAUAAACACCGUAUUGCGCGAUGCUAUGACUGUCAAGGUUCCAUAAAAAGAAAGCAGCGGAUUUAUAAAGAGGCUUUAGUGCAAUAUAAUAAGUCACUUCAAUUGAAAUUAAUUGUACUAGGCAAUAAUCAUUUAGGAGUAGCUUAUACGUAUCACGGUAUAGGACAUGUAUACUUCUCUCAAGAUCGCUAUAACGAAGCGUUAUUAAUGUAUGAGAAAUCUUUACAAAUUCGGAUGCAAAUAUUGCAUACUAAUAAUUUACCAGUUUCGAAUUCAAAUUACCAAAUUGGUGAUAUUAACUUUUCUUACGAUAAUUACGACGACGCUCUUUUAAUUUAUCAACGUUACCUCAAUAUUAGAGUUGAUUUACUAGGAAUAAAUAAAUUAGGCCAAGCCCAAAGUUAUCAUAGUAUUUCGCAUCGAAACCAAAAUUCGCAACUGGAUAAUGUUUUAUCUCAUCAAAAUCCUCUUUACAAUAAAUUAGAAUUACUAGGAAAUAUGCUAUUACAUAUUGCUUCAUCAUAUCAAGCUAUUGGUUAUGUUUAUUGUGCAAAACUUAAAUACGAGGAUGCCAUUAAUUUAUUUAAAAAAUCUUUAAAUCUUCGUUUAGAAACAUUAGUGUACUUAAAACAAGAGAAAUACAAUGAUGCUCUUAAUAUGUAUCAGAAAUCGCUAGACAUUAAAGUAAGAUUACUGGAUGAUCAAAAUCUGGAAAUUGUCGAUACAUUAAAUGCAAUUGGCGAUAUUUACCGACAGCAGCAUAAAUACGACGAUGCUAUGGCAAAGUAUCAACACACUUUUGAUAUUGCAUCAAAGACCUUAAAUGAUGAUAACUUAUAUUCAGCAUCAUCUUAUCAUGCUAUGGGUCAUAUUUUUCGUCAACGAAGAAUGAUUGAAAAUGCAUUGGAAAUGUAUCAAAAGUGUUUAGAUAUUCGACUAGCUGUAUUAGGUGAUCAGAAUCUAGAUGUAGCUGAUUCAUAUUUUUAUUUUGGAGUAGUCUAUACGGCACAGAUUCGAUACGAUGAAGCUCUAACAAUGCACAGAAAAUCUCUUAAUAUGAAACUAGAUCUACUGGGAGACAAAAAUUUGAGCGUUGCACAGUCCAAUCUAGGAAUAGGCGAUGUCUUUUAUCAUAAGGGAAAAUAUGACGAUGCUAAUUUGAUGUAUAAGAAUGCUCUUGAAAUAUAUACCGAAAUUCUAGGAGAAGAAAAUUUAGAAAAUACUAAAUGCUAUCUACGAAUUGGUAAUAUUUACUGGAAAUUAGAAAACGACCGUGAAGCAUUACUCAUGUAUAAGAAAUCACUAAAUACAGCAAUAAAAUUAUUAUUUAGCGAUGCCAGUUGUUACACAGCCGAUUCGUAUCAUGCAAUGGGAAAUAUCUAUUAUUCCAAAGGUAAUUACGAUGAUGCUAUAACAUUAUAUCAGAAAGGUCUAGAUGUGCGAUUAAAAGUAUUUGCAAACGAAAAUUUACCGGUCGCAGACUCAUAUCAUUCUCUUGGUGACGCAUACUUUUCGAAAUUUCAAUACGAUGAUGCUUUUGCAAUGUAUCAAAAAUCUCUACAAAUACAGUUAAAAAUAUCGAGUCCUGAAAGUUUGCAAGUAUGCCAUACUUAUUAUGCCAUUGGAGAUGUCUAUUAUGCGGAAAAUAAUUAUGAUAGUGCUCUUUCGUUGUACCAAAAAUCUUUAAUUAUCGCAUUAAAAACAUGCAGUGAGAGCAGCUUAUUCAUUAGUGAUAUAUACCACAGCAUCGCUAGUGUUUAUGAAAAACAGCAUGAGUAUCAUGAAUCUUUAGCCAUGUAUGAGUCAUCAUUAAAAAUUAAAUGGAAAAUACUAGGACAUCAAAAUAUCGACACUGCGUAUACUCACUAUUGUAUUGGAGACAUUUAUUUCUUGCAAUUUCGUUACGAUAAAGCUGUAGUUGCUUUUGAAAGAUGUUUAAAAUUAAGAUUAGAUAGCUUAGGUAGCAAGAAUUUACAGGUCGCCUACACAUACUGCCGAUUGGGUGAUGUUUAUUUGAAAAAAGAUAAAUAUUACGAUGCGCUAGAAAUGUACCAAAAAGCUCUUAAUAUGAAAUUGAUCUUGCUAGGAAGUUCAAAUUUACAUAUUGCCUAUUCAUAUCAUGGUAAGGGCAAUGUUUACUUGAAGCAAGAAAAUUAUCGAGAUGCACUAUCUGCAUAUCAAAAUGCUUUAGAUAUACGAUUGGCCAUUUUAGGUCAAGAUGAUCUAGCUGUUGCCAAUUCAUAUUAUGCUGUUGGCAAUGUCUACGUUAAACUGGAAAGAUACGACGAUGCUGUAACUGAAUAUCAAAAUGCCUACAAGAUUAGAUUAAAUAUAUUAGGGAAGAAAAAUCUACCCGUUGCCUCAUUAUAUUAUGGUUUUGCUACCAUUUAUAAGCGACAAAAUAAAUUGGAUGAAGCCCUAAAAUUAUUUCAAAGUUCACUUCAUAUUCGAAUGGAAUUAUUAGGCAACGGCAAUAUGCAGGUUGCAAACACCUACAACGGAAUCGGAGAUGUCUAUACUUUGCAAAAUAAAUUAGACGAUGCUUUAUCAGUUUAUCAAAAAGCUCUUAAUAUCACUUUGAGCAUUCACGAUAAUGGUCAUUCCAAAGUUUUGACAUUAUACGAGAAAAUCGCUAACAUUCACCGAAGAUUGCAAAAUUUUGAUCGUGCAGAUGCAAUCAAUCAAAUUCUUGCUCGUGCUCGUGCUCAUUCUAGUAAGCGAAAGUUAACUAUUAGUAGAGCAUCUUCAGCAUUUUCUGUUGCAUCACUGAUUGAUCAUGAAGAUGCCGGUUUACUUUCGAGAGACUAUCGAGAAAUGAGAACAGGGGAUAGGGAUAAAAUCAAUGAAGCAAUCAGUCUUUCUAUUCCAAAGAUGACGUAUACGAAAGAAGAAGAGAUAAUUAUGAAUGAGCUAGCAAGUGAGAAAGAAACUGCAGAAAGUACUCACAACUAG